AUGCCGCCCCCGGUACAAAGUUCUUUGCGGUGCGGUGAGACGGCGUGGAUUUGGACAGUCGACUCGGCAAGGCUGCAUGCUGUCGACUUCCUUGCAUACCGAUUGGGUCUUUUUCGGCCGCUCUCAGGAAGUGGCCGCCGUGGAGCGGUAACGCGGAAAGGAUUGAAUAACCAUCGACUAAAUAGGCUCGCAGAGCGAUCUUUGCACCCCUUCUCUUGCUCUUCUCUUGUGAAGAAGCAAAGGACGCCGUGUGAGGAAGUACUUUUUUUUUCGUCUCUUGGCACGAUGAAGCGCAUGAUGCAAGAGUGGGAGCAGCGACAGGGGACGCGUGUAAAGCAGGAAGAGGAAAUGGCUGUCAAGCGGGAAGCAGAAGCGUCCGCCACGAUGCACCACCCGGAAUCUCUCUUUUUGGAUGAGGACGCAGUGCUGUUUCGUUUUGGCAUGGGCAGCUUUGCGUCUCCCGCCGCCCCAGCCUUCUCAGGUCUUUUUAGGCAGCACUGGAAAGAUUUUUUUGUGACGGAAAUGGUGACAGAUGCAGCCGGAACGGCGACAGCCAUCUCUCGCGAGCAUUGUUUUUCUAUACCUGCCUUGCCGCUCUCGCUUUUAAACCCCGCCGAAACACGUGAGGAGGGUGACGUUGAUGCAAAGAGAAAUACGAACCAUGCUGAUGACGGUCAGGGUGAAUUAGGGCCUUCCUCGUCUUUCUUUGCAGUUGACGUGGAGGAGCGGUUUGCGGAGCUUAUCAAGGAAGAUGGCACUGUGAAAAAUCAUUUGACUUCCAUGGAAACGGAUGAUUCUGUUGAGAUUGUUGAGGAAAAAAAUAAUAAGAGGUCUGGCAGGAAGUGUUUUUAUCUCCAGUGCCACCUCCACAAGCGGCAUGUCGCCCACAGUGUGGCACUUGCCAACAUUGCGCAAACGCUUCGCAUGCAUCCCUCCGGUAUUUCUGUUGCCGGUAUCAAGGACUACAUUGGGGACACCAUACAGCGAGUACGGCUGGAAAACAUUACGCCAGCGGCAGCUUUGGGGGCAAAUCGUUUUUUCCGCAUGAAAAAAUGGUCAAUAACAUUGUCUAACUUUUCUUACCAGACAGAACCACUUGUGCCAGGGCGACUGUUUGGCAACCAGUUUAGGAUCGUCUUGAGAGACGUGACUGCCCCAAGGGAAGAUGUGGAGCGUGCGUUACACGACUUUGAGAUGUAUGGGUUUCCAAACUAUUACGGGUGCCAACGCUUCUCGUGGUUUGGUGGCAAAAAUGAUGCCGCUUUCGCUCUGCUUCACCACAAUUGGCUCGUGUUUGCCUUUCGCUUUCUCGGAUACACAAGUCGUGACUUUACACUACGUGAGCUGCUGCAGCGUGAGAAGAAGUACCCUAACCCCCUACAGGAUGAGUAUCGCCGUAAUGUGGUACGUCGUCUGCGGCGCAUUGCCACGGAACCGAUGGAGUUGGACGCAGCGCCGUUCCUUUCCUGUCCUCCACUCGGUGUCCCACCGACAUCCGCGGACGGCGGACCGAUUAGUAAAAAGCAAGAACUCAUCAUCCUACAAUUGCGCGGCGCCUUCCUAGAUCUAAGCGUGAGAGACCGUCGCUUGACAGCGCAGCGACUGAGCAGCUACCUGUGGAACCAAGUUCUGACGCUUCGACUGCAUCACUUUGGUCUAAACGUUUUGGUUGGAGAUAUUGUUCUGCCAGAAGAUUUCCAACGUUUGGUGUCACUGCCUGUGGAUCGCGCGGAUUGUUACCGUGAAGGUGUACGCUUUAUCACAAACGAAGAGGACAAAGCGACUUACUCCAUUACGGACGUCGUGCACCCUGGAUUCUCCUUUAAUGGCAUUCAGCGUCCCAUGAAUGCCGUUGGGGAGUAUUUUCUUCAAGUCUGCAACAAGUACCAUUUGGAUUGGCAUGCGAAUCAUGCCAAAACUGGGAUUCGCGAUUUUCUUGAGCCGCCGCGACCCAUCAUUCGAAAACCCCUAAAUUUGAGACACGAAUAUAAUACAUCCGAGUCAAAGUUGACGCUGGAGUUUGCCUUGGAACGCGGGAGUUACGCCAACGUCGCUAUCAGUGAGCUCAUGAAACCACUUCGUUGCGCUGGGUCAGAGGAUAUUCUACUUCUUCCUGCCCCAGAGAGCUUGUGGAAUAUGGGAAGCCGUGACCCUGGCUAUGUGACAUCCAUGCAGGACAUCUACGGUGACUUUGAGGAUGGUCUUGGCUUUGUGACGGACCAGCACGAUGUGCCCCUGGUGGGGGAGGGGAGGCUGUGGGACUAUGAAGGCCCACUGUUUUUACCAGCUAGUGAGGAUCCUGCAAAGAAGGCGUACCAAUGGGGUGAAAGGCACCUUCUGCGGAACAUGGCACGACGUGCACGGGAUGAGGAGGCUAUGAAGAUGCGUCUCUUUGAGAAGCCUCUGGCAAGGACGCUCAAGGAUGGGGAGGUAGACCAGUACGCUGGGCACACUGUUCCUAUGUCGCCCAACAGCAAGGCAAAGCGGGUGUUUUUUAACGUUCUGCGUCGACAGAGACGGUUUCCUUGUGCGCCAAAGACAGUUCCGCGUGUGAGGCGUGGAGCUGAGCUCUCUAACCGCAAUUCUCUACAAGUGCCCUUUAAAACUAUCAACAGAAACACGUGGAACGUUACAUGGUGA